GCGCCUCUCCCGCCCGCAGCCGGCAAUGGAAGGCGGCGGCGGGCAACCUCUGGCCUGAGGAGGGGCUGGCCGCGAAUCUGGCAGGCGCGCCCCGCUCGCCGACUUCCGCCGCCUCGCCUGAGAGUCCUCGCAGGUAGUUGUCCUGAAUAUGCUCAGAUUACCUGCCAAGAGGCUGCUGCAGUGCAGCCGCUGUGUGACAGGCCCAUGCAGUCUCCGGGCACAAGGCACCAGUGCAGCUGUGCAGAAAGAAAAAGAAGCUACACUCUCUGGGAAAGAAGCCAAAGCCCCAAGAACCUCGUUUGAUUGGCAAGAUGCCUUACAGCUAGAGAGCCUCCUUACUCAGGAUGAAAUAAUGAUCCGGGACUCAUUUCGCAGCUAUUGUCAGGAAAAGUUGAUGCCUAGGAUCCUCAUGGCCAAUCGAAAUGAAGUCUUUCACCGCGAAAUUGUUUCAGAAAUGGGGGCACUGGGCAUUCUGGGCCCAACUAUCAAAGGUUAUGGUUGUGCAGGAACCACCUAUGUAGCAUAUGGACUCAUGGCAAGGGAGAUUGAGAGAGUGGAUAGUGGCUACCGUUCGGUCAUGAGUGUUCAGUCUUCUCUGGUGAUGCACCCAAUAUAUGCAUACGGGACAGAGGAGCAGAAGCAGAAAUACUUGCCACGCCUGGCGAAGGGAGAAUUGUUGGGCUGUUUUGGACUUACAGAGCCCAAUCAUGGGAGUGAUCCUGGUAGCAUGGAGACUCGGGCUCAGUAUAACCCUUCCAGAAAGACCUACACACUCAAUGGCACCAAGACCUGGAUCACCAAUUCUCCAAUGGCUGACCUGUGUGUGGUGUGGGCUGUGUGUGAGGAUGGCAAAGUGCGAGGUUUCCUCUUGGAACGUGGAAUGAAGGGUCUCUCUACCCCAAAGAUUGAGGGCAAAUUUUCGCUUCGAGCCUCUAUCACUGGGAUGAUUGUUAUGGAGGAUGUGGAGGUGCCCGAAGAGAACCUUCUCCCCAAUGUGACAGGACUUGCUGGUCCUUUUGGUUGCCUGAACAAUGCUCGCUAUGGCAUUGCAUGGGGAGCAUUGGGAGCAGCUGAGUUCUGUAUGCAGACAGCUAGACAAUAUACCCUGGACAGGAUCCAGUUUAAAGUCCCCCUGGCAAGAAACCAGCUGAUCCAGAAGAAGCUGGCGGACAUGUGCACAGAGAUCACCAUUGGCUUACAAGCUUGUCUGCGGCUGGGCCGCCUGAAGGACGAAGACAAGGCAACCCCUGAGAUGAUCUCCAUGCUAAAACGGAAUUCUUGCGGGAAGGCCUUGGAAAUUGCCCGGCAAGCCCGGGACAUGCUGGGAGGCAAUGGGAUUGCCGAUGAGUAUCAUGUUAUCAGACAUGUCAUGAACCUGGAGGCUGUCAACACAUAUGAAGGGACCCAUGACAUCCAUGCGCUCAUCCUAGGCAGAGCUAUUACUGGACUUCAAGCUUUUACUGUUGGCAAAUGAAUGCAUUUCUCCAGGGUGCAGCUUUGCUCUUCGUUGCUCCAGUGUGGGAACUUCAGUGGAGAUGGUUUAUGAUGCCACAACGAUUUUAAAAGCUGAGCAUGACUACUGCUACUCACCAGACUCUGAUCAAAUGUAUUUCUUUAGUUCAGUUCAGCUAUUAGUAAUUAAUCUGAAAAAACACCAUAAUCAGGCAUUUCAAGAAUGCCCAAUUCUUUACCAGAACUUGCAGAGAAAGUAUUAAAAUAGUACACUGUGGUAAAGGUACACUCUUGUACCUUUUAUCUUGGCAAGACAGGGUGCGACAAGUAGGGCUGGCAAGCAGAGCAGGGUAGGGUAAUAAUAGAAAGUUCAGAGAUGCUUCCAAAUUUUCUGUAAGGCAAGCAGUUUUGGUAUGCAACUUUUAGAAUUUUACCUUUUAUAGUUGAAUAGUUUGAACAGCUCUAUGCUGAUACAGGAUCCAGCCAGAGAAAUAGCUUUGCCUAUUGUAUUAGGCAAUAUUAUACCUGUGUGAAUAAUAUUUCUCAAAAUAAAAUUAAAAAUGAUCA